AAAACAAGUUAAGAGUAAAUACAAAAGAAAAAAACAGUAUCAAUUUCUUCCCCCUCCCUCUUUACUCUUAAAGAGUUGCACUACUUUCACUAUGUGGUCAUCAAGUAAUGAAGAACGUCAAGGGUUAAACAAAAACCUUGCAACUAACUCUUCAAAAUCAAAAUCAUCAUCAUCAUCAUCAUCUACAUCUUGUAGCUAUAAUCAUCCCAUUAAUCCUAUACUAAUAAAUAGUAAAACCAUGGAAGAAGUAUGGAAAGACAUAAAUCUUUCAUGUUCUAGAGAUCCACAAAAUACAACUGCUGCUACUACUGGUGGUAUAAUUUUGCAAGAUUUAUUGGCAAGACCAUUUGCUAAUAACCCUUCAACAGCAACAGCAGCAGCUUAUGGUUCCCCUGUUCCUCCCCUGCCUCCUCCCCCUGUUACCAUGUUGACAUUGAACUCUGGCCCUGAAUUUCAUUUCUUUAGCACCUUAAAUCCAAUCAGACAAACUCAACAAAAAAACAUUUCUAAUGAGGGAUUAGCUUCACCAGCUCCAGGAAGAAAAAGGCAUCCUGAAUUAGAUAACAACAAUUCUGGUGACCAGAAAAGCAAGAGGAUGAUCAAGAACCGUGAGUCCGCUGCUCGAUCCCGGGCUCGAAAGCAGGCUUACACGAAUGAAUUAGAGAUGGAAGUAGCCAAUUUGAUGGAAGAAAAUGCCAGGCUCAAGAGGCAGCAGCAACAGUUAUGCUUAGCUUCACCUGGUGCUCAACUUCCAAAAAUGAAGUCACUCAAUAGAACAUCAACGGCCCCAUUUUGAGGAAUUUCCAACUAUGAAAUGUCUAAUAUUUUUGCUACAAAUUAUUAAUCCUCUUUCUGUCUAUGCCCCCUUUUUUUGUGAUUUAGGCAUUUUGAUCAAAUUGGAAGACAGAAAGUGAUUAUUUUUCUCUAUCUAUGACACUGUACUAGUGUUUUGUCUUCAUCCA